GCCCGGCGGUCGGCAACUAAUUUGCCAAUGCGAUGUGGCUUGGCGACCGAUGGAUCCCCCACAAUAGAGCCAGUUCCAAACAGCCAACCCUGCCCUCGUGCGCAGCUCUGUGCAUCCUAGUGUGGACGCUCGAUACUCACUGUCUCAACAUGGAUACCAAGCAGCUCUUACACUACGUUCGGCGCUCUUCUUCAUACUUACUUCGCUGCAGGCGACGGCUCAAGGUAAAUCUCACGUUUAAAAAAUCGUUCCCAAUCUGUGAAACAGACGUCUUGGGUCGCUAACCUGCAAUCCGUCGAUGCUUGCUUAUUGCCCCUGCCCACCGCCCAACAUUGUUCAGCCAUGCCUGUGGAUAUUCUUUGACGAAAACCGCAGCUUUUACAGCAACUGCGGAAUAUUACAAUGAUGACAUGUUUUUGCUUUUCAGCAUUGCCAUGCUUUUGGUCUCUACGUAUAUGUUAGAAGC